CGCACCCUUCCUCCCCUUUAUGUCAUUCCCGAAAUGCACAGCAUCCUGACAGAGCAGCAGUCCUGGACGUGACCCGCAGAUCUGCUGCAAACCUGCAUCCCCCUACAUCUGCGGGGAAGGUGGGGGGGGAGCUGCAUAGGCCAUGAAUGCACUGGACGAUUUCAGUGAACAGAGUAUCUGCCAAGCUCGCGCUUCUGUCAUGAUCUACGAUGACACCAGCAAGAAAUGGGUGCCAAUCAAACCCGGGCAGCAGGGCUUCAGCCGGAUUAACAUCUACCAUAAUACUGCCAACAACACCUUCAGAGUAGUCGGAGUAAAACUUCAGGAUCAGCAAGUAGUAAUAAACUAUUCACUUGUGAAAGGUCUGAAAUAUAACCAGGCCACGCCAACCUUUCACCAAUGGAGGGACGCCCGGCAGGUGUACGGCUUGAACUUUGCAAGCAAAGAAGAGGCCACCGCUUUCUCCAACGCCAUGCUGUUCGCGCUCAACAUCAUGAACUCACAAGACGGAGGUCCUGCAGCUCAGCGCCAAGUCCCGAGCAUCCAGAACGGACCCUCCCCGGACGAAAUGGAGAUCCAGAGAAGGCAAAUAAUGGAAGCGCAACUGCGACAAGAGACGCUGGAAAGGAGGACAUCGACCACAGGUCCCAUGGUCCCUCCUGGCCAUCUCUCCUCCUACAACUAUGGUAGCUCAGUUGGGGUAGCGCCUGCUCCAACCAGUGGACCGCCACCUCCGCCACCGCCUGGUCCUCCACCGCCAUCAGGAGCUACCCCGCCACCUGCCCCUCCUUUACCAGCUGGGGGAAGCCAAGGGGUGGUGUAUGAAGAUAGCCCAGCGUCUGGGCUGGCAGCAGCUCUGGCCGGUGCCAAACUGAGGAAAGUACAACGGCCAGAAGAUGUUUCAGGAAGUUCUAGUCCCUGCGGAGCUUCCAAAACUGACGCCAAUCGAACAAGUAGCGGAGGAGGCGGAGGAGGAUUGAUGGAGGAAAUGAACAAACUGCUGGCAAAAAGAAGAAAAGCAGCUUCACAGACAGAAAAACCUGGGGACAAAAAAGAAGAUGAAUGCCAAAAUGAAGAUGCCAGUCUCUCGUCUUCUCCCAAUACGCGGGGUCCCACACCUCAGAACUCUGCAGACUUGGGGAAAAAACCAUGGGAGAGAAGUAAUUCAGUGGAAAAGCCUGUGCCCUCAAUACUGUCCAGAACCCCACCAGUGGUGAAGAGUCCUGAAGCUAAGAGCCCCAUACAAUCUCAGCCACCCUCUAGGAUGAAGCCUGUAAACAGCAGCAAUGACGUUUCGACGGACGCCUUAGACUUCGACCGAAUGAAGCAAGAAAUACUAGAGGAAGUCGUUAGAGAGUUACAUAAAGUCAAAGAAGAGAUCAUCGACGCUAUCAGGCAGGAACUGAGCAGAAUUAGUACAACAUAAUAACGGAAGGAGUCGUCCGGUCCGGGAAUCUACAGUGGAGUCCAAGCAGGGCUGAUGAUUUGCGUGUUGAAAUGGUCACUGAAUUAAAGGGGACGGCGCCUGCACUCUCUUCCUCUCCCCCGUAGCAGACACACUUUGAAGCUUGCAGCCUUGGAUUUUGCUUUAAGUCUUACCAUGAAAGAAAAAGAUUCAAAAAACAAUUUGACAUUUCUGAAUUUUAUUUUUAGACUUCAUCUGAUUUUGCACACACCGAGAUUUCGUCAGCCUUUUUUUUUUUUUGUAUGAUAUAUUUGCUUAUUUAAAUGUAUUAUUUUUCAUUUAGUAGUAGUUACGGGGAAAAAAAAAACAAGAAAAAGAAAAAAAAAAAAAAGAGAAAUGUGAUCUAUUUGCUUUAUUAGGACGACCUCAGAGUAAUUUAACCGGUAGUCUGCAGUGUUAGGACCCUUUCUUGCCAACCGAAUUUUAUUGCAGAAUCACAAAAGAACCAGAAAAUCACUUUACAAAAAGAAAAAAAAGAAAAAAAUCGUACAGUGACAAAAUAAAGAUAUAAAAAAGAAAAAAAAAAAAGAAAAGAUUUCCACUUCCAUCACAAUAUUACAAUGGUACAUCAGUGCACCGCAGUAGCUGUAUUCAUAUUGGUAAUAAAUUGUUUAUUGUCCAGAUUGA